GCCGAGCGCCGAGAGCGCAGCGCCGGAGCCGAGCGGCCGGGAGCGCACGCCGCGGCCCCGAUGGAGCGGUACAAAGCCCUGGAGCAGCUGUUGACAGAGCUGGAUGACUUCCUCAAGAUUCUCGACCAGGAGAACCUGAGCAGCACAGCUGUGGUGAAGAAGAGCAGCCUGGCUGAGCUCCUCCGGCUUUACACCAAAAGCAGCAGUUCUGACGAGGAGUACAUUUAUAUGAACAAAGUGACCGUCAACAAGCAACAGAAUGCGGAGUCCCAAGACAAAGCAGCCGAGGAGCAGAACCCACUGACCAACGGGGAGCCUGGCCAGCACUCUUUGGCCCCUCAGAAGAGUCUUCCAGACCUCCCGCCACCCAAGAUCAUUCCAGAACGGAAACAGCUCUCCAUCCCAAAGAUCGAGUCUCCAGAGGGUUACUAUGAAGAGGCUGAACCGUACGACACAUCCCUCAAUGAGGACGGAGAGGCUGUGAGCAGCUCCUACGAGUCCUACGAUGAAGAGGAAAACAGCAAGGGCAAGUCGGCCCCGUACCAGUGGCCCUCGCCUGAGGCCAGCAUCGAGCUGAUGCGCGACGCCCGCAUCUGUGCCUUCCUGUGGCGUAAGAAGUGGCUGGGGCAGUGGGCCAAGCAGCUCUGCGUCAUCAAAGACACCAGGCUCCUGUGCUACAAAUCCUCCAAGGACCACAGCCCGCAGCUGGACGUGAACUUGCUGGGCAGCAGCGUCAUCCACAAGGAGAAGCAAGUGCGGAAGAAGGAGCACAAGUUGAAGAUCACGCCAAUGAACGCCGAUGUGAUCGUGCUAGGCCUGCAGAGCAGGGACCAAGCGGAGCAGUGGCUCAGGGUCAUCCAGGAGGUGAGUGGCCUGCCCUCAGAAGGAGCGUCCGAGGGAAAUCAGUACAGCCCAGAUGCCCAGCGCCUGAACUGUCAGAAACUAGAUAUAACGGAGAAGUACCUGUCAGCCUCGGAAUAUGGAAGCUCCGUAGAUGGCCACCCUGAGGUCCCAGAGGCCAAAGAUGUCAAGAAGAAAUCUUCCCCUGGCCUCAAACUGAGCAACCUAAUGAAUCUGGGCAGGAAGAAAUCUACCUCGCUGGAGCCUCCGGACAGGUCCCUCGAGACAGCCAGUUACCUGAACGUGCUGGUGAACAGCCAGUGGAAGUCACGCUGGUGCUCCGUCAGGGACAGUCACCUGCAUUUCUACCAGGACCGGAACCGGAGCAAGGUGGCCCAGCAGCCCCUCAGCCUGGUGGGCUGUGAGGUGGUCCCAGACCCAAGCCCUGACCACCUGUACUCCUUCCGCAUCCUCCACCGCGGCGAGGAGCUGGCCAAGCUCGAGGCCAAGUCUUCUGAGGAAAUGGGCCACUGGCUAGGCCUCCUGCUCUCUGAGUCAGGCUCCAAGACAGACCCGGAAGAAUUCACCUACGACUACGUGGAUGCCGACAGGGUGUCCUGUAUCGUCAGUGCGGCCAAAACCUCUCUGCUACUGAUGCAGAGGAAGUUCUCGGAGCCGAACACUUACAUCGACGGCCUGCCCAGACAGGACCACCAGGAGAUGCUGUAUGACGACGUGGAGACGUCGGAGCUGAUGGCUGUGGUGGAAACUCCUGAGGAAGCUGCCCCUGUGACAGAGGCCCUGGGCGAGUCCCAGCCCGACCGAGUGUACCUGGACCUCACACCUGUCAAGUCCUUUCUGCACAGCUCCGGCGGUGCACAGGCUCGGGCCCAGUCCCCGUCACCAUCCCACCUGGACCCCCCAGCCGAGACUCUCCCUGUGGACCCGGGCCCUGCCCCAGAUGAGCCCCUGGCAGAGUCUCCAGAGAACCCCGAGUUGCAGCAGACGCCGCGGCAGGAGAGUCCAGAGCCCCAGGAGCUUUCCCCGAGAACCACAACAGUCAAAGUCCAGACUGAACAGAAAAUCUCCUUCCCAUCGAGCUGCUCCGACACUGCGGCCGUCACCCCGGCUGGGGCCAGCCCACCUGUGAAGGACAGGUUGAGGGUGACCACAGCAGGUGCCUGUGAGAUCAAGCUUGGCAAGAAUAGGACAGAAGCCGAGGUAAAGCGGUACACAGAGGAGAAAGAGAGGCUGGAGAAGAAGAAGGAAGAAAUCCGGGGGCACCUGGCUCAACUCCGGAAAGAGAAACGGGAGCUCAGAGAGACCGUGUUAAAAUGCACAGACAAGGAAGUCCUGGCCAGCCUGGAGCAGAGGCUGAAGGAAAUCGAUGAGGAGUGCAGGGUGGAGGAGAGAAGGCGUGUGGACCUCGAGCUCAACAUCGUGGAGGUGAAGGACAACCUGAAGAAGGCGGAGGCCGGGCCCGUGACGCUGGGCACCACGGUGGACACCACCCACCUGGAGAACGUGAGCCCCCGGCCCAAAGCUGCCGCCCCCACCCCUGCCCCAGACUGUACGCCGGUCAACUCUGCAACAGCGCUCAAGAACAGGCCUCUUUCAGUCAUGGUCACGGGCAAAGGCACCGUCCUCCAGAAAGCGAAGGAAUGGGAGAAGAAAGGAACAAGUUAGGAAACAAGCUUCAUCUAAAGACUCUCCUGCCAUCACGGACCUUGGUGACACUCCUGCUUCAUGAAGGUCUUCGUUAAAGCAGCAACUCUGUGAAAAGGUGAGUCUGCUCAGAAGCAAAAGGACGGACUCUGGUACUCUGGGUGCAGAGCGCAGGCAAAGAGGAGGCUCAGUCUGUUUUCAGAGCCAAAGGAAGUAAUACAACAAAGGGAAGGCUUCUCUGGAGAGCUAAUUGCUACUGGAUGGAAACAAGACAUUGCUGUAUUUAGGGGUAUUCUGUGUUUCUUCUUUGAAGUUUUCAGCAACUGCUUUAUCAAGCUUUUUAAGUAGUGAAAAGCAUCUGAUGGUGGGACUUUGGUGGAAAAGAAAUCAAGGUAGCAGGACCCUGUUCUCCUGGUCGUGCGGCUUUGGUGAGCAAGGAGACCUCAACUCCUGACUGUCAUCUCUCAUCCACAUGUCGACUUCCCUCUAACAUUAGCAGGUCCGAAUCAGUCUUCCGUGGUUUCCACCUGUGUGAAGCCAUCCAAGACAUGCUUUUUGAGAAACAGUUAACAGGGGAGAAUAUUUGGGACCAAGCUGAGGUGCUGUCCCCACUAAGUUAAGGACUUUUUUUUUUCAGCCUAAAGCAGGCCUGAAUCAAUUGCUUUUAAAUAAAAUUUUAAAUGAUGCUGUAUUAUAUAGAAAAAAAAUGUUUAAAAUCCUGUAAUUUAGAACAGCGAAAAGUGUCUUUUUCAGAUUUAAAAGUAUCUUUUUGAGGUCCGACUUUUUACAUUACCGUAGGAGGAAAGAUUACCCAGUGUUUACAGACGCAGUCCUGUGGCCAGUCCAUUUUUAGGGGAAAAGUUCUUUCCUUUUAAGUUCUGCUUAAUGUCCAGGCCCCUUCCAAGAAAAACAUGGUGAAUUGUUUCAGGUUGACGCUCUCCUCCUCCUAAAAUUGGCAGUGCUGUUCUUUGUGUCUUCUCUUCUGAUACAGUGUUUUGGUUUUUUUUUAAUACCGAUUGAAACAUUUCAUCUGUCGUUCCUGCCUCCUUUCUGGGGAUUGUCAAUCAAUCAGCAUUCUCUAACACUGGUUCCUGAGAACUAAAGGUCUUUUGAUUUCUGUUGUCUUCCUAAUCCCAGGGCAUUUAUUUCCUUUGUCAUAUACACUUGGUGUCCUUUACCAAGUGAAUUAGAUUUUUUUUUUUUUUUAAAUAAAACGUUACUUGUAUUUUGGGGUUUUCUUGUAGUUCAUGGAAUGGCUUGGGGCGGUGCCUGGAGACGGCUACCUUAAGGGGGAAACAUCUUUCUUGGUUAUUUACACACUGAAGUUCAAAAUAUGUGCAGUAAAAACUAGUAGAACUGUAAGGUGCGAUCCUAGCAGGAGACUUUAAGCCUCCUUAACUCAAGCUGCAGAGGUAAGGCCAGAAGAGGAUUUUCCCAGGAUAACACAAAGGAAACACCUACGAUCAGUUUCUGCAGAUAAGUGGCUGGAAACCUGCACUUCCAGAAGUGAAACACACUCCUAAAUAAUUCUUGGGGAAAAGAAACAUACGAAUACUUGGAAGGUUGCCUAAGGAGUAAUUAAGCAAGUUCCAUGCAUGAAUGUCUUUAUUUAAAAAAGGACAAAAUCUGGCUCAUUGAAAUGACUAAUACGAUAAAAAGACAACCUAAGGCAAAAUUAAAUAGAACUGAAAAAAAAAAAAAAGGCCUUUAGUUUGAAGAAUAUAUAUUUUCCAUUUUAUAAAGUUAGCAUGGUUCUGGUACCAAAUAUCCAACACAAAUCACAGAAGAAAAAUCAAAUCUCAUUUUUUUGGACAAAGAUGAAAAACCUUAAUAUUGGCAAGUGAAAUUCAAUAGUGUUUAAAAAAUCAUGCAUCAUGACCAGAUCAUGUUUAUCCAAAAAGCAAAGGUGAUUCAACAACUGAAAAUAUGCUAAUGGGCCAUUUAUGAUAUGAACAGAUUAAACGUGAAAAACAUCAUCUCCACACUCCUAAUCAAGUAUUCCUAACCUGAUAAAGUAAUCCACAGAAAAUAACAGAGAAUGAUGGAGGAUCCUUUCAGGUCCAGAAACAGAUACCACUACUUUUUAAAACAUUAUUCCGGAGGUCCUAGAAAAUGGAAACUGACAAGAAAAAGUACUUGUAUAAACAUCAAAAGGAAGAGAUGAGUCUGAUUAUAAGUAUCUUUCUAGAAAAGAGAAUUAAUUAGGAUUAGAGCAUCCAGCAAGUUGGCUGGAAUCAGGAUCAUUCAGAAAAUAAAAGAUUGAUGACCUA